AUGGUUGCAUUACCUGCAAAUACUAAUGUCGAUCAUGGAACAGAAUCCGCCGGGUCAAAUGCGACGAAGAAAAGCCUAUAUGCGAUAAAUGUUCGUCGACUGGCAGGACCUGUGAAUAUCCGGGCUCUAGGAUUCCAAGCCCCAGACCAGGGGUCGGAACGAAAGACUUGCGUAUCGUACAACAUGUCCCACAUAUUCAGCGACCGAUUCGCAUGUGGCAAGUCUCUCAAUCUACAGACUUAG